GACUCCCUCCAUCUCGUCGUGGAGAUUUGGAAAUUCUACUGUUCAAUCUUAUUCAUUGGUUGGCUCGAUCUCAUCUCAAUGCUCCUCAGUUACAUUCCACUGGUCUUCCUUGGGGAUAUCUCAUUUCAGACCCUAAAUUACGCGCUAAUGUUCCUGAUCGUGUUAAAGUGUCAGUGGCUGAUUUAAAAGAGAAAACAAUGAAAAAUCCUGCAGAAUUUGUAUUACAAGCUGGUUAUGGACCAGUUGCUG